CAGGAUGGAGAAGACCUUGGAGGGACUGCAAGAACAAAUGAUGGCUAGAUCUGUCCCUGGUGAUGCUGAACUUCAAGAACUGAUGCACCAGAUCGACAUAAUGGUAAACAAGAAGAAACUGGAAUGGGAAAAGAAGCUGCAGGGAUUGGAAGCAAGAAUGACUAUCCGGGAUCAAGAGUUAGCAAGUGCCCAAAGCAAAUUAGAUCAGAAAGGUCAAGAGGUGGGCUUACUCAGACAGAAACUGGACAGCUUACAAAAGUCAAAAUAUGAGAUGGCUCAGAAUUAUGAUGCACAGCUUCAAGCCUUGAAAACUCAAUUUGCUAAGCUGACACAAAGCUAUGAAAAGUUACAGUUGCACCAAUUAAAACAAAAUAAAACUCGCAACAUGGAGAAAUGCACAGAAAACCAAGAAGCACCUUUCCAGAUGAACAGUUUAAACCAGAAAUUGGAGGAAUUUAGGGCAAAAUCAAGAGAGUGGGAUAAGCAGGAAACACUGUAUCAAAAUCAUUUGGUUUCUCUAGAUGCUCAGCGAAAAUUAUUGUCUGAGAAAUGCAAUCUGUUCCAGAAACAAGCUCAAAAUUGUAAAAUCCAAAUACACUGUCAAAAGCUGAAGCAAAAUGAUGGGGAUACUUCCAGCCAGUACAGAAAUGAGCAGCUUGGUGUCCAGAAUGGUGCUUUUAUCGAGCCCGCUGAUAGGAACAAAUUCUUUAUGGAAAAACUUGAAUCAACUGUGAGCGAAAUAGCGGUGAGCAGAAACAAACUACAAGAGGAAAAUUUAAAGCUCCAACAGGAAGUAAAAAUGUACCAAAGAAAAUGCCAGAACACUGAAGCCAGACUCAUAGAAGUGAGGAACGAACUGCAGUCUCGUGAAGACCUCUUAAGUAUGGUGGAACUGGAAUGCCAGCAGUUGCGAAAGGAAGUGGCCAAAAUCGAAGAGUAUAAAAACAAAGAAGAAAACCAAGUGAAGCUUCAGUCAGCUUAUGCACAGUGCAUCAAGGAUCUGGAAAUAAAGAAAACUCAGAUACUUAUUCUGGAAAAGCAGCAAGACAAUCUACAAAAAGAGCUAAAUGAGAUAAGGGACCGACGUUCUCGGGAAGAGCAAUCCCAUUGCUCUGAGGUGGAGAGACUGAGGAUGGAAAACUCUAGCUUGACAGAGGAGCUUCAUCAGAAGGAAAUUACUAUAGCAACUAUCGUGAAAAACGCUGCAGUGCUGGAAAAGCAGACAAUGGAUUUAUCAAAGAAAGAGCACAAAACCUGUUUGGAUCCUGCUGAUAUGCUGGAGUGUAAGAAUGGAAGGUUACACAAAGAACUCCUUAAAUUGCCGAGAGACACAGACAUGCCUUCUUUGGUGAAUGCCAUUGCAUACUUUGGAACAAACCACGCCAAGCCGGCCUCCCUUAAAACGCAGGCAAAGGAAGAGAAGUCCGUGCAGAAUUCAGCCCAGUCUCCAUUAUAUGAACAUUGGGGAUGCUGCCGAACGCAUGUUCCUGGCUGGCAUGGCCUACAGGAUGUUAUAACUCUUGGAAGCAACGGCACUUCACCUCCUGAAAGAUCAAGCAGAGAUCGCGAACCCAUAGCGGAUGGUAGAUCUCCAUCCCCACUGGAGGUGCUCCCACCAUUUUACUGCACUUCCUUUCCUAAAAGGAAUAAAUCUGAUAUAUUGCUGAACCAGGUCUACAUUAUGGAAGAAAGACAGAUGCCUUCCCCAGAGACUUUGUUCCCGGCCGCUGCAGCAGAGAAAUUCCUACAGGAGGAAGAGAGGCGAGCAAAAGACUUUGAACAGAUUUUAAACUCUCACAUUGAAGAACUGCAAAGGCAGUCAUCAAACACCAUAAAGAACUAUGCCACUCUCAAGCAAACCUACCGCAGAUGAACCUUUAAAAAAGAAAAGAAAAACCCUUAAAUUGUACAGAUAAUCCCUGCACCAAUCAUCAACUACCAUUUAAAAAAAAAACUUUAGACAAAGAAAUUUUUGUAAUGUGAGAUUUUAUAUCGUUUCUCUGUGGAUUUCAUUUCAACCAUGAAUUUGGAAGAUCGUGUAUCAAAAGGUC